AGCCAUACCAUAUCGACGCGAUGAUGGCCCGCAGCGGCGAAUAAAUGCAUCUCUUUUUUAUUACUACCCCUGCCGCGCGUACUGCCUCACGUGUCGUCCUAUAGUGUGCUUGAAUAUUGUGUGUUCAGUGUUGUAGUCAAUGUAGUGUGUUUAGUAUUCAUCUAUCUUUAGCUUGUCUCCAACACGGUGCGUCCUUUCUGUUUGCAUUAAUAAUUCUCAAGGAACCUGUCUGAAAUCACGCUGAUCAAGUGAUCGUUGAUGUCCUUGGAAUAAAUCACAACGCUUAAACUAUUUGGAUAGAAUAAGUCUGUGUCCCAGUUUUGGACGUCUUGUGCGUGUGCCUGGUGUAUUGAUGUGUCAGCAUGGUCGGCUAUUCAGUGAACGCGGCCACGGGAGUCCCGGCUGAGACGGCGCUGGGCUUCAGCAACGAGGCGUACCUGCAGGAUGAUGUGGUGGAGAUGGUCGGUCUCCCGGUGGUCCCCCGCCGCAAUUCAGCGCAGACCAUCGUGCAGCCGCCACAGCUGCCCCCUGUCCCGCCGCGGCAGCGCUACUUCACCACGUCCACUUCGUCGUUCGAGAGUGACACACCCGGCGAGCCGGACUGGCCGGUCCCGGACGCCGGCCCGCCCCCGGGCCGCAGUCUCAGCCUAUCCCUGGACAACGAGAUGACCCUCGUCCACCGCGCCUCCCCCAAAAUCUCCUCCGCCCUCGAUCCCUUAUUCAUCCCCUUCUCCCCCACUCUGGAAGAGUCCCCGGGCGUCCAGAAACUCCCCCCGACCACCGGGACCACGUCCCGCAAGACCUCCACCAUCUCCAACGCCCGCAAGAACAGCCUCAUUAGCCAGAUGUCGGGGACGCCGCUCCCCAGCAGCGGGCGGGAUGCGGAGAGCGGCGGCGGGUAUUCCAACGACGCCUUCCACAGUGAUGAUGAUAAAUCGAUGAGUCUACGGGACGCCGGAAGUUACGACGCCUUUCACGUCCUCCCGGCGCACGUCGACCAUGAACUGCCGCCGGUGGAGAUUGUGGAGGAUGUGUCGACGGCGGCGCGCAUGCCCAAUGAUAUUCCCAUUAUUGACGCGUUGGUGGUGGAGGUCCCGAUUGGGAAGGAGAAGCUGAAGGGGUUGAUCCUGCAGAUAUUUGUCCCGUUCAUCCUGGCCGGGUUCGGGAUGGUGGGCGCGGGGAUCCUGCUGGAUCAGGCCAAUAGUUGGACGGUGUUCGUGGAGAUUAGUGAGAUUCUGAUUAUGGUGCCGGCGCUGCUGGGGUUGAAAGGGAAUCUGGAGAUGACGCUGGCGUCACGACUAUCCACGCAGGUGAAUAUUGGGGGCUUUGAGAGUCCUCGGCGGAAAUGGCGGAUUAUCGGGUGCAAUAUGGCGCUCAACCAGGUCCUGUCGACCGGGGUGGGCUUUUUGGCGUCCAUGUUGGCGGUGAUUAUGUACGCGAUUAAUCACGGCGGGGAGGUGAAGACGAGGAAUGUUAUCUUGAUGGUGGGCACCGCGAUGCUGUCCGCGUGCUCCACCAGUAUCCUUCAAGAUACGGUGAUGAUUAGUACUGUUUUAUUUGCCAAGCGCUUUCGACUGAAUCCCGACAACAUCGCCACACCGGUGGCCGGCACCAUUGGCGACGUGCUGACGCUGAGCAUUUUGGCGGGAUUUAGCUAUCUCUUCUACAGUGCCUUUGAAACGUCGUACUGGCUGGUGGGGCCGGUGGUGGCCAUGUGCUGUCUGGUGUGCCUGGUGCCGUUGUGGGCGUGGCUGGCUGCUAAGGAGCCCACCACGCGGCACGUGCUGGUGCACGGGUGGGUGCCGGUGAUUAUGGCCAUGAUUAUCAGCAGUUGUUCCGGUAUUAUUCUGGAGAAGGUGGUCAGCACCGGCACGUACUUCACCGGCUUGGCCGUCUUCCAGCCUCUUAUCAACGGCGUGGGAGGGAAUUUAGUGUCGGUGCAGAGCAGCCGCAUCGCCACGUACCUGCACCUGGCCUACAAGACACCGGGCCACGUCCCGCCCGGCUACCGCUACUGCGCCAGCCCCUGCAACACCUUCUGCUCGCGCUCCAACGUCAACGCCCGCACCGCCCGACUCCUGCUCAUGUUUGUCGUUCCCGGGCAUCUGGUCUUUCUCUUCGUCGUCACCUUCGCCAAGGACGCCUCCGCGGUCAUCUCGCUGCGCUUCGCCGUCGUCUUCAUCAUUAUGGCCCUCAUCCAGGUGUCCAUGCUGCUCUACCUCUCCGAUGUCCUCACGCAUUUCGCCUGGAAACGUGGAUUAGAUCCGGAUAACCAGACGAUUCCGUAUCUGACGGCGCUGGGCGAUCUGACCGGCACCGGUCUGCUGGCCUUGGCCUACUUUUUACUGUACAUUACGGGCAAGAGCGCCGAGGUUCAUUGAGUUUGAUGACUCUUUUUGUUUUCUUCCUUCCUUCCACCGUUUGAUGGAACAAAUUUUUUUCCCCAUACUGUGCUUUCCGCCGGUGUGAGACCAGAUGUUUUUUGGAAAGCAUGCCAAUUAAUUUCACGGCGUGCGAAAGCGCGCAGCUGUGACAAGUACAGUCGAUGUCGACUGAUGUGUGUGUCGGUGUCCGUGUGUGUUUUAACAGUUUAUUAUUUUUUCAUGUUUUUCCCCGGUGAUGAGGAUGUAUUGCCAAGAAAUA